AUGGCCCUCUACGCGUUCGGCGUGGUGGCGGCCAUGCUGUCGCUGGCGUGGCUCUGCCGCGACUCCUACCUGCUGGCCGUGCUCUUCGGCUUUGGCCCGGGCCCCUACCUGGACGCGGGCGUGCUGGUGCUCAUCCACGAGGCGACCCACUUCCUGGUGUUCAAGCGCCCCGCCGCCAACCGGCUGCUGUCCAUCUUUACCAACAUGGUCAUGAUCGCGCCCCUCUCAGAGGUCUUCAAGCAGCACCACGGCGCGCACCACAUCGGGCUAGGGGACACCACCAAGGACGUGGACGUGCCCUUUGAGUUUGAGAUCAGGCUCAUCGGCAACAGCGCCGCCGGCAAGGCCCUUUGGCUGACCUUCAACAUGGUCAUCCUGCCCGUGCGCUCGCUCAUGAAGCUGCCGGUCCGCACCGACAAGUACCUGAUCCUCAACUGGGUCGUCUGCCUGGGCUUUGGCGCCCUGGUGGCCUACCUGUCGCGCCCCUCCCUGGUGUUCCUGCUGCUCUCGCUGCUCAACUCGCAGGGCCUGCACCCGGCCAACGCCCGCCAGGUGCAGCGCCACGUGUUCAACGGCGACGAGGGCAUGCGGUCGCGCGUGCACGGCCACCCCCGCACCUACUCCUACUACGGCCCCGCCAACCUCUGGAGCCUCAACGUGGGCUACCACCUGGAGCACCACGACUUUGCCCGCAUCCCGGGGACGCGCCUGCCCCAGCUGCGCCGCAUCGCGGGGGAGAAGUGGUACCCCUCCCCCGCGGCUCACCCCGGGCGGGGGCUGUCGGAGCUCAUCAACUUUGUCAUGAACCCCAACAUUACUCUCGCGGACUUCGCCAGGCACUGA